UUUUUAAAAUUUUUUUUAUCAGCUGGUGUUGUGUUGUUUACUAGAUCACUAGCUUCAUACAAACGUCAAGGAAUACGUGUCAAUGUGCUUUGCCCAGAGGCUUUCUGCCUAUGGAUUUGGUGGUUAAAGGCGCAUUUGAGCUUAUUACGGACGAAACUAGAGCUGGUUCGUGCUUACAGAUCACAAAUCGCAGAGGCUUGGAGUAUUGGCCCACUCCAAUGGAAGAAGCAAAAUACUUGUUGCGUUCUUCCUCAAGUUCCAGGAAAAAUAUGUCAUUUAAAGCUCCUUUGAAUCUUCAACUUCCUCAGAGUUUUGAGAAAAUAGUUGUGCAUACCCUGAGCCAUCAUUUCCGUAAUGCAACGCAGAUAGUUCGUGUGCCAUUGAGACUACCCAUUGAACCAAACCAUGUUCUUGUGAAAAUAAUUUAUGCCGGUGUAAAUGCUAGUGAUGUGAACUUCAGCUCAGGUCGUUAUUUCGGUGGCAACAAUGGAGACCUCAGUUCCCUUCUUCCAUUUGAUGCUGGAUUUGAGGCGGUUGGAAUAAUUGCAGCAGUUGGAGAUUCUGUAAGGGGUUUGAAAGUUGGUACUCCUGCUGCAGUCAUGACUUAUGGAAGUUAUGCUGAAUUUAUAAUGGUUCCAUCAAAACAUAUCCUUCCUGUUGGGAGACCAGACCCAGAAGUGGUUGCAAUGCUUACUUCAGGGUUAACAGCAUCAAUCGCUUUGGAAAAGGUUGGACAAAUGGAAUCUGGAAAAGUAGUACUUGUUACUGCUGCUGCAGGAGGUACUGGGCGGUUUGCAGUCCAGCUUGCAAAAUUAGCCGGGAACAAAGUUGUUGCAACUUGUGGUGGUAAAGCAAAGGCUAUGCUUUUAAAGGAGCUUGGAGUUGAUCGAGUUAUAGACUACAAAGUUGAAGAUGUCAAAAAUGUUCUUAAGAAGGAGUUCCCAAAAGGAGUUGACAUCAUCUAUGAAUCUGUUGGUGGAGACAUGUUUGAUUUGUGUUUGAAUGCUUUGGCUAUCCAUGGACGACUCAUUGUUAUUGGAAUGAUUUCUCAGUAUCAAGGACAGCAUGGCUGGAAGCCAUCAAAUUAUACCGGAUUAUGUGAGAAGCUUUUCGCCAAAAGCCAAACUGUGGGCGGUUUUUUCCUGAUACAAUACAGUCACUUAUGGAAAGAACAUCUGGACAGACUAUUUCAUCUCUACUCUUUGGGAAAGCUCAAGGUCAAAAUAGACCCAAAAAGAUUCUUGGGCCUCAAUGCCAUUGCAGAUGCUGUUGAGUACCUCCAUUCGGGUAAAAGUGCUGGCAAGGCAAACCCAACUCGUGGGUUUGUGAUGAACCCGAGCGCCUGGGUUCAUCGCGAACCCAGGAUGAACCCAGUUCGCGCGACUGGGUUCGCGACUGGGUUGGCAAUGAACCCAAGAUGUCCAUUUGCACUGGAGAAUCCCUUGAAUUUCGCCAGAAUCUAUCUGGGAGACAUUCUGGACUCUUGUGUUGGCCGUGUCAUCUACCUCGACUCCGACAUCCUCGUCGUCGACGACAUUCGCGUGCUCUGGAACACCAAAUUGACGAACUCCCCAGUCAUCGGCGCACCAGAGUACUGCCACGCCAAUUUCACCAAUUAUUUCACCCUUGCAUUCUGGUCGGACCCGGUUUUAGCCCAGGUAUUCAAAUCCAAAAACACCUGUUACUUCAACACCGGCGUUAUGGUGAUGGAUUUGGAGCGGUGGAGAGAGGGAAACUACAAGAAGAUGAUUGAGAACUGGAUGGAGGUUCCAUCGAACCCAGCUGUUGGGUUCCUCUUGCUCUUAGAAUCUAGUGCUUACUGGGUUUUUUCGAACCUAACCGUGGGUUCUUUAGAACCCAAGUGUUGGGUUCCUUCGAACCCAGCGCUUGGGUUCGAUGGAACCCAGCGCCUGGGUUCGAUGGAACCCAGCGCCUGGGUUCGAUGGAACCCAGCGCCUGGGUUCGAUGGAACCCAAGUGCAGGUUCUGUCAAACCCAAGCGCUGGGUUCCUUGGAACCCAGCACGCUUGGGCUCUCUCUUUCGCUAAAUUCGUCGUUGAUUUCCUGUUCAAGUAAGCUCUCUCGAUCAUUUAGUUUCAAGGCUUUGUCUUUCGAUUUGAGAUUACAAUGGAUUGAUUUAUGUUUGGCUAAUAUGAGGAUUCUGUCGCUCGUUUUGAUGUUUUUGUGCUAUGAAAAGUGAGAUCUGUGCGUACAUUGACGAUCUCUAUUGUUGAUUUUGCAAUUUUAGUUCGUUCUGGCUUUAGUUGGUUUUAGUGAUUACUUUAUUUGGUUUCCUGAUCUGGUUUUUUGGUCUCUGGAUUUGUGUUUUAUGAUUCUACUAUUGGUUAGCUGAAUCUGCUUUAUUAUGUCUGGGUUUUGAUAGUAUGUCUGAUUGAUGAAGAAGGCAAAGGAAGAGAAAGGAAAAAGAAAAGGUGCUUGUUGAG